GCAGAGUCAACACACAGGCUCGCCCGACAGACACAUCGUGUUUCGUGCCUAACGUUUUGGCUCAAGUCCCGGCCCACGCGCACAGACCAGAAGCCAUCGACAGCGCCGCUGUUUCUUCGCCCAAGCAGCCGAGAUGGCGCCGAUGAUGAAGUCCACGGUCAUGACCAAGAGCGCCCUCACCGCAGCGCUCGCGGAGGCCUGCGAGGUGAAGAGGGGCGUGAUCGGCACGGCCCUGAGCACUCUCGCGAGCAUUGCGACGACAGAGGCGAAGAAGAACGGCAAGUUCGUCAUCCCGGGCGUUGUGAUGAUCAAGACCCGCCAGAAGAAGGCGACCAAGGCCGGGAAGCGCGAGAUCUUCGGCAAGGUCGUCAUGGUGAAGGCGAAGCCGGCCAAGACCAUCGUGAAGGCCUUCCCCGCGAAGGCCCUCAAGGACGAGUUCUGAGGGACAUCCAGGUCUGUGGCAAGCCUCUCGGAGAGGCUCUACGUGUGUCUCCUCAGUUCCUCCUCGCCCGUCCUUGCCUCCUCCGAGGAAUCGUCGUACCAUCUUGUCCAGGUUGUCUGGAGGGUGCGUGGUCGUGCAUGACCUUCCGGUCCCAGGAUGCUCGGCGAGGUGGACGCCAUGUAUUCCACAUCCGUCUCGUCGAGAAAAACAUCACUGCACCCCUCGGUCACCAAUGCCAGAUACUGUUCCCGUGAGCACAUGCAGCUAUUCCUUCUGGGUUGCUUGCAGCAGCCAUGCUAGAG